UGUUUGAUGUAUUUGAUAUCAUUCCACUUAUUCCGCUCCAGCCAUUACCACGAGCCCGUCCUCCCCAAUUAAGGCGCCAACAACCUCCUGUGACUCACAAGCCUAUAAUGGAAUCAACUGGGUCUGUACUUUCAACUCCAACUCCAUUUUCUGCCCUAUGUUCGUUUUGUUUUUAUGUUUUCAGAAUGUGUCUUAUGUGAUGGAUACCUGGAGUAUUUCAAUUCUUUAUGACAGUGAAUAAGAAACUAUUCAAACAUCAAACCUUGGAAUCACUCUUGUGCUUCAAAGUUGGUCUGAAUCAUAAAGGACUCACUAAAGGUACCAUACCUUGAUAAGCUUUGCUAAACUAUUGCUCUACUUUUAUUAAUAGUAGCUUUAGGCUACUUAAAGUGCACAAAAAUAAGUAUCUGUUCACUACUGUAUACAAAACAUCAAACGUUCAGAAUAAACAUCUUUACUAUUGGAUAAUUAAUAAUUGAUGGAAGUGUCUUUCUUGUAAAUAUAUUUUUAUUUAUAAAGUACUUGGUAAGAUAAAGGUAUAACAUAUAAUACUUGUGUUGAUGCUGAGAAGUAGAGCUGCAGAAGACAAGUUAUUUUACCUACAACAGUGUAGCAGUGACACCUAGUGGAUACAACCCAUAUAGACCAGAAGCACACGAAUAUCAAGGCGUGCUAAUUAGCUAAUUGGCAAUAUAUUUCACCUGUUUAAGUCCACUUUCGGUGGAGACGGAAAGAAACACCGCAGGGAAUAAUUGACAAUAGCUGGGACAGUGUAGGAAGCAGACCUGUUUGCUAAAUACUGGAAAAAGUCAACACAACGUGACACUAAAAUGUCACGAAAUCAUUCUAAGUUACUAUUUGUACGUGCACUACUACUUGCAUAUGGUUUAUUUACUGCAAACUGCGACCUGUCCUGGACAAAUAGGAAUGACGCUUACAACCCUCCGGAUGAACACCACCAUGGUAAUGAGGGCAACGCCUUCUUCGCGCUGCGGAGCUGCCACCAGGUGAUGCGCGGCAAGAGCGGCGAGUUCUUCUCCCCGGACUACUUGUGCUCCAACCCACCGCUCUGGUGCAACUGGACCAUCCAGGUAGACCCUGGUAAACACGUGCUCCUCCACCUAGAGGACCUCACCCAGUCAGACGCAUGCAGUGGGAAGCUGGACCAGAUCCACCUGGAUGAGCCCCUGGGGGUUGCAGGGGGUCACAGGAUACUGGAGAAGUGUUGGCGUGAGGCCAAGUACAAGUCCCUCUCCAACAUCCUCCACGUGGUUCAGCUGAUCAGAGGCAAACCCAGUCCGCCCCACAGGGGCUUCUAUGGGCGAUACGAGGCAUUCGUACUGCCAGUCACGUACAAUGCUUAUGGUGAUACCACCGAAGAAGACAGGAAGCUGAUGACUGAACCAAAAGCGAAAGAACCGGAACCCUUUCCCUCUCCGAGAAGUUUCACCCAGUUUCUCCCCAUGAAGGGGGGUGAACCUACAGAGGCCGUUUUACUGGAGCGGCCCACCCUGCCAGCUCAGACCAACCCGGAGGUGGUGUUUGACUAUUUCGACGAACUCACUUCCUCCUCUACGUCCAAUGAGCUUCCACCAUGGGAAGCAGAGGAGCCAAUGAUCAGACAGGGGUCCUUCAAGUUUUCUCCUGUUCAGAGAGAGGAAGAAGAUUGGAACAGAGGAGUCUCGGAGGGGACUGAAGCAGACGAGAGCCACCUGACAGAGGAAGACUGGGAAGUGGGUAACUUUAGUGGAGAUGUGGUGGACCAUGAGUCCCAUCUGCCCUUGACUCCCACUCCCCCCAUGGUGGUCACUCGUCAGGGGACAUCAUGGUCAGGGAGGGGUGCCACUCAGACCCACACAGCUCACCCUGGAAGUGACCCCUCCACACACCAGCCCCCUGUUUUGAAUCCCAAACCCUCGCCACGCACUCCGUCUGCAAUGCGAAGGAACGUGGAUGCCCAAACUCAAACUUCAAAUACCAUCCCUCCUACGGAGUCUAACAUCGUGUCACACACAGACAUGGAUGACCAAGGUGUGGAGUCUGGCAAUAAGGAAUUGCAGAAAAUGACCAUGGAUGAGUCUACAGCACCCAGUGACACCCAUACAACCAUUGAGACCCAGGAUCCCUUCGACCAUCUCCCAAACGUAGUUGAACUGUUCUUCGACAGCAGACAUUAUGAGAAAGCCAGAAAUCACACCGAAGUACCACACUUACCAGAAGACCACCUAUUUGAGGUGGCUGUUGAAGUCAACUUCCUUGUGGCGCCAGAGGAGAAUUGGGACCAUCUUGUGAGAUCACUGUUGAUUUCAGUGAAGUCUCUGAUCAAUGAGCAGUUGGAAAUUGUCCACACACCCAAAACCCUAUCCUCCAAAAGAAUAAAAAGGUUGAGUGCAGGAGUGUUUUACAUCCUCUGGCUGCAUAUUGGGGGUGGGCCAGAAGGGGUGAAGGUGCACAGGACCUUGCACCUGGCCCUGCAGGAGCUGUUAGAGAGGGUGGUUAGCCCCAGGGGCAGCUCAACACGGGGUGUCAUCGUCUCUGUUUCCACCGCUGAUGUAAACGAGUGUGUGACCCAUCUGGUGCUGUGUGAUAUCAAUGCUGAGUGUGUGAACCGCUUUGGUUCCUACACAUGCCGCUGCCACUCCGGGUUCGAGGACACGUCUAGGCUGGGCUCAGGAACCAUGUGCGUGGACACCAAGGCCGCUGGUACGGACCGCCACAAUGAGUCGACGAUUACGGUGGAUCAGCAUAGUCCUGAGCAGCCGCACCGUAACACUGGCUGUACUUCGGCGCGGUCCAGCGGGAUGAUCAAAGGAAUCUACGUGGUGUGCUUCCUGCUCAGCUUCCUCAUCCUGCUGCUCCUCUGUACCGUGGGCGUGCUGUACCACCGCCACCACGGGGGGGCCUUCCUGGUCCACUGUCGGAGCAGCAGCCUUGGGAGCGUCCCCCCCAUCCCCCCUCCUGACUACAAAAACAACGAAUGCAACGACAACCGUUCCAUCCGCACUAACUCAGAGCUGCCCCCUCCGCCCCCACCCAUAAGGCGCCCCAAGGAGGGCUGGUCUCACCCCAAGGAUUGUUGCCCCUCGGUGGACCUGCCCCUGCUGCGCUUCAAACCCCUGCUGCCUCUUGAUGGGUACAUGGAGCCAGGGGAGGGUGUCAAGAUUUGAAGAUUGCUUUGAGGUUGUCCUGAAGGUGCAAUGACAGCAUUGAGACCCUGUUCUGGGCAGGUUGACUUCACUGUUUCAUGAGUUCAUUAUUUUUCUGUAGAUAUCUUUGCCUAAAAUGUAAAUGAAAUAUCUUGACUGUUAUUACCUUUAGUAUGGCAUUAUCUUUGUGUAGUUUGGAAAUGUUAUUUGACGUAUUCUUUGGAUCAUUGUAUCGAGUAUAUUUCAGGAGUUCUAUUUUUUUGUGCGCAACUUGUCCAUGUUUGGGAAGAUUGUCUAUGCUCUCCACACAAGGGGAUUAAUCUUUCUGACCAAAACAGAUUCACUUCAAUUAAAUAAAUGUUCACUUGGCUCUACA